AAAACAAGCUCACUUGGGAGGAAUUCCCAUGGUUAUCCUUGUAUAUAUAUUUGCUAUUUCAUUUCUUUAUGUUUUCAAUAAGUGUGGCAGAAGUUUUAGGCCAGCUCAAAGCUCAAGCUCUAGACACCCAUUACCACACUUCACUCUCCACUUGAGGCGCUUCAUGUGUCCGGACCGGCACUGACUACAACUGUGACCAAAUGUGAGAUUGGUCAAAGCUUGGAAGAGUUUUUGAGACAAUUCAACGCCUGACAAGGGAUUGAGAACUUUGAUGAUGUGUAUGGGAGAAGCGUUGAGGACAAUAGCUUUCAAAGUUAGGACAUCUUCUUGUGGUGGAACAGCUUGUGUAUUCCUUUGGUGAUGAACAACUUGCUGUCGAUAUGCUCGCUGAUAAGCUUCUCUUUGAGGCUUUGCAAUACUCGCAUGUGUGUAAGUACGCUUGCUCUGAAGAAGUGUCUGAGCUUCAAGACAUGGGAGGUCCAGUGGAAGGUGGGUUUAGCGUAGCAUUUGAUCCAUUGGAUGGAUCGAGCAUUGUGGAGACAAACUUCACUGUGGGAACCAUAUUUGGGGUUUGGCCUGGUGACAAGUUAACCGGAGUGACGGGAGGAGAUCAAGUGGCUGCAGCUAUGGGAAUCUAUGGUCCAAGACCACUUAUGUUUUGGCUGUUAAAGGGUUUCCAGGAACUCAUGAGUUCUUGCGUCUUAGAUGAAGGUAAAUGGCAGCAUGUUAAGGAGACAACAGAGAUUAAUGAAGGGAAAAUGUUCUCACCGGGAAACUUGAGAGCCACGUUUGACAAUUCUGAAUACAGCAAGCUGAUUGAUUAUUACGUGAAAGAGAAGUACACACUGCGAUACACAGGUGGAAUGGUUCCUGACGUUAACCAGAUAAUUGUUAAGGAGAAAGGAAUCUUCACGAACGUGACUUCUCCAACGGCUAAGCCAAAGUUGAGACUCUUGUUCAAAGUGGCUCCUCUUGGCUUGCUCAUUGAGAAUGCUGGUGGAUUCAGCAGUGAUGGAUACAAGUCUGUGCUGGACAAGACCAUCGUCAAUCUCGAUGAUAGAACUCAAGUUGCUUAUGGCUCAAACCUCAAAGAACGAGAUCAUCCGCUUCGAAAAAGCCCUUUACGGAACAUCAAGACUCAAUAAUGUUCCCUUUGGACCUACAGCUUAGAAGCAAGCCCUUUAAAAGAAACUGAAAGCAUGUUUAUUUUCCAUAGACGGGAUAAUUUACUUUAUAUAUAUAUAUAUACUCCAUAUAUUA